GCUCUUUUGUAAGCUGAACUAAUGACUGCCGCAAGAAGAAGACACAGAGAACUGAGUAUCCUCCCAAAGGUGACGUUGGAAGCAAUGAACACCACAGUGAUGCAAGGUUUUAACAGAUCUGAGCGGUGCCCCAGAGACACUCGGAUAGUACAGCUGGUAUUCCCAGCCCUCUAUACAGUGGUUUUCUUCACUGGCAUCCUGCUGAACACUUUGGCUCUGUGGGUGUUCGUUCACAUCCCCAGCUCCUCCACCUUCAUCAUCUACCUCAAAAACACUUUGGUGGCCGACUUGAUAAUGACACUCACGCUUCCUUUCAAAAUCCUCUCUGACUCACACCUGGCACCCUGGCAGCUCAGAGCUUUUGUGUGUCGUCUCUCUUCGGUGAUAUUUUAUGAGACCAUGUAUGUGGGCAUCGUGCUGUUAGGUCUCAUAGCCUUUGACAGAUUCCUUAAGAUCAUCAGACCUUUGAGAAAUAUUUUCCUAAAAAAAACGGUUUUUGCAAAAACGGUCUCAGUCUUCAUCUGGUCCUUUUUUUUCUUCAUCUCCCUGCCAAAUAUGAUCUUGAGCAACAAGGAGGCAACACCAUCGUCUGUGAAAAAGUGUGCUUCCUUAAAGGGGCCUCUGGGGCUGAAAUGGCAUCAAAUAGUAAAUAACAUAUCCCAGUUUAUUUUCUGGACUGUUUUUGUCCUAAUGCUUGUGUUUUAUGUGGUUAUUGCAAAAAAAGUAUACGAUUCUUAUAGAAAGUCCAAAAGUAAGGACAGAAAAAACAACAAAAAGCUGGAAGGCAAAGUAUUUGUUGUCGUGGCUGUCUUCUUUGUGUGUUUUGCUCCAUUUCAUUUUACCAGAGUUCCAUAUACUUAUAGUCAAACCAACAAUAAGACUGACUGUAGACUGCAAAAUCAACUAUUUAUUGCUAAAGAAACAACUCUCUUUUUGGCAGCAACUAACAUUUGUAUGGAUCCCUUAAUAUACAUAUUCUUAUGUAAAAAAUUCACAGAAAAGCUACCAUGUAUGCGAGGGAGAAAGACCAUAGCAUCAAGCCAAGAAAAUCAUAGCAGUCAGACAGACAAUAUAACCUUAGGUUGACAAUUGUACAUAAGGUUAACCUCUAUUUAUUGAUGAGACUUCAGUAGAUAAUGUAGAAAUCAAAUUUAAUGAAUAAGAAAAGAUUGGAAUAAAUGCUCUCUUACAUUAUCCUAGUGUACAGAAAAGAUUACAUAAAUUUUAACUCCACAUACAUCUAUUCAUAAGCUGAAUGAACCAUUACUAAGAGAAUGCAACAGGACACAAAUGGCCACUAGAGGUCAUUAUUUCAAGAGCAUUUCACUUUAACACUUUGGAAAAGAUUAAGGAGAAUGUACAUCCCUACAAACCUCCCCUCCAAACACCUUCUCACAUUCUUUUCCACAAUUCACACAACACUACUGCUUUUGUGCCCCGUAAAUGUAGAUAUGUGCUGGGGGGAAAAAAAAAAAAAAAGCCAAACUCCUGAAGUCCGUUGUUGAAAACUGCAGCCAGGGGUUGAAAGGGAUGCAGAUCUAAAGAGUCUGAGGAAUUGAAGUGGGUUAGCAAGACCUCCAAAAUCCUGGGUAAAUGAUUUUCUCCUUACAAUUACAAACAGCCUCUUUCACAUUACAAUAAUAUACCAUAGGAGGCACAAGCACCAUUAUUAAGCCUCUUUGCUUACACCUUAAGAGUGUACAAUUCAAGUGUAAGAAUGCUGUGUUAACUAUUCUUUGGAAUUCUCCUUUUGUCUAGCAAAUACUCUAAUGAUGGUUAAACAUGCCACCACUCAGCAAUGCCUUCCUGGCAUUGCCACAACCCCUAUGCCCCUGCCCCACCCUCCUGGUUAAAAAUAAUUACUUCUACUGUUUGGGUGUGUGAUAGGGUUCUCAGUACAGAUCCCCCUUUUCUAGUUAGCUAUAUUCUUGACUGUAUCCCCUAAAAAUGUUAAAGCUUCUUGAGAGACAGACAUGCCAGGUUUUCUUGGUAUCUCCCACAAUACGCCCUCCAGUGCAUGGUCUACAGAUGUUUAAAUAGAAUUGCUGUUCUCGAUCCACACAAAGAUGGAAUUGCCGACCCAUUAUCAGUAACAUCCAUAUUGGGAGCUUUUUCAAAGGAUGGUGACCUGUUUGUACUUAUUUACCUUGGUACUUUUUCUUGCAUCCUUUUGUGAUUCAAAAAAUAAAACGCAGCUUUCUGAAAUGAUGGAUAAGAGUCUACAUCUUCUAGAAAAAAUACAGGAAGGCGUAGUUAAGCUCUGUAAAUGUGCCAUGAGCUCCAACACGAACAUCAUAAGGUGAAGCCAACGUUUUCUUCCAUGGCCUCAACGACCCUAGAACUUGCCUACCUUUCUGGCCUUACCUCCUAGCUACUUACCCAUCUCUUGAACUUUAUACUCCUGUAUACAUUUCUAAGUUUCAGAAAAUGCCACGCUCCAUUCUGGGACUACACAUGUAUACUUCCCUCUGGUACACCUGGAAGACUCUUAUCCAUCUGUGAAACCCUAUGUUGCCAUCAAAAAAUACUACCUGGCCAACAUCCCACCAUCACCUCAAACCCAAUCACCCCCUCUCUGUAUGCUGUCACACCUAUAUUAAUAAACUUAUCACACUGCAUUGUAAUUAUUCCCUCACCUUUGUAUCUAUUCUUUUAAUAACCGAUGUAUAUUUUUGAAAGGAGAGAUUGUUUCACUGUGCAAUCAAUAAAUGUUUGAUAAAAUAAA